AUGAACCUGCACCGGAGAAAAAAGGACCAGGCCACAGGGACCAGACCACAGGGACCAGGACAGAGGGACCAGGCCACAGGGACCAGGACAGAGGGACCAGACCACAGGGACCAGGCCACAGGGACCAGGACAGAGGGACCAGGCCACAGGGACCAGGACAGAGGGACCAGGCCACAGGGACCAGGCCACAGGGACCAGGCCACAGGGACCAGGACAGAGGGACCAGGCCACAGGGACCAGGCCACAGGGACCAGGCCACAGGGACCAGGCCACAGGGACCAGGACAGAGGGACCAGGCCACAGGGACCAGGCCACAGGGACCAGACCACAGGGACCAGGACAGAGGGACCAGACCACAGGGACCAGGCCACAGGGACCAGGACAGAGGGACCAGGCCACAGGGACCAGGACAGAGGGACCAGGCCACAGGGACCAGGCCACAGGGACCAGGCCACAGGGACCAGGACAGAGGGACCAGGCCACAGGGACCAGGCCACAGGGACCAGGCCACAGGGACCAGGACAGAGGGACCAGGCCACAGGGACCAGGCCACAGGGACCAGACCACAGGGACCAGGCCACAGGGACCAGACCACAGGGACCAGGCCACAGGGACCAGACCACAGGGACCAGGCCACAGGGACCAGGACAGAGGGACCAGGCCACAGGGACCAGGACAGAGGGACCAGGACAGAGGGACCAGGACAGAGGGACCAGGACAGAGGGACCAGGACAGAGGGACCAGGCCACAGGGACCAGACCACAGGGACCAGGACAGAGGGACCAGGCCACAGGGACCAGGACAGAGGAACCAGGCCACAGGGACCAGGCCACAGGGACCAGGCCACACGGACCAGGCCACAGGGACCAGACCACAGGGACCAGGCCACAGGGACCAGGACAGAGGGACCAGGCCACAGGGACCAGGACAGAGGGACCAGGCCACAGGGACCAGACCACAGGGACCAGGCCACAGGGACCAGGCCACAGGGACCAGGACAGAGGGACCAGGCCACAGGGACCAGACCACAGGGACCAGACCACAGGGACCAGGCCACAGGGACCAGGCCACAGGGACCAGGCCACAGGGACCAGGCCACAGGGACCAGGCCACAGGGACCAGGACAGAGGGACCAGGCCACAGGGACCAGGCCACAGGGACCAGGCCACAGGGACCAGGCCACAGGGACCAGGACAGAGGGACCAGGCCACAGGGACCAGGCCACAGGGACCAGACCACAGGGACCAGGCCACAGGGACCAGACCACAGGGACCAGGCCACAGGGACCAGACCACAGCAGCUACACAGACCCAGGACACAGAGGGAGGAGGCCCCGGGACAGACCCAGGACACAGAGGAAGGAGGCCCCGGGACAAACCCAGGACACAGAGGGAGGAGGCCCCGGGACAGACCCAGGACACAGAGGGAGGAGGCCCCGGGACAGACCCAGGACACAGAGGGAGGAGGCCCCAGGGGAGACCCAGGACACAGAGGAAGGAGGCCCCGGGACAGACCCAGGACACAGAGGGAGGAGGCCCCAGGGGAGACCCAGGACACAGAGGGAGGAGGCCCCGGGACAGACCCAGGACACAGAGGGACUGCCUUGGGGUCUCCCUGGAUGAGACCUCCGGGCUGACAGAGGCUGACAGAGGCUUCAGAAUCUCCACAGAAACACUUUCAGACGGAUCUGAUGAAGACAAAGCAGCGUCGUCUUCGUCUAACGUUCUGAGGAAGCUUCUGGAGCUUUGUCUGUUUCUGAAGAGUGAGACGUGA